AUGAGAGGAAGGAAGAGCUUAGGAUCUUUACCGAAGAGUGUUUCUAGUCCGAGACAAUUUCAUAGGAAAUCUGAUAUCAAUAAUUCUCCAAUAAUCAAAGAAAAACUUUCCGGAAAUCAAGAUAAAUCAGUAAAUGCUAUUGAUAAAUUGAAACGGAAAAUGUCAACUGCAUUCAUACCUAGCAGCACAUUAUCCGAGUUCAAUAAACACAUUCAUGACAUCAAAACACGAUUAAUUUCGGGAUUCAAGAACCAAAGAGAUCUCGAUGAAUUCUGGGAUACAUGGGAUAAAUUCGAAUCCUCUAUCUACAACUACUUCAGUAACAGUACUGUUAAAUCACAAAGUAAACAGAUUCGUAAUGAACUUGAAAGCAGCAUUGACUCAUUGCAAAAUGCUAAAAAGCAAGUACAAUCAUCAUCACCACAACUUAAACGAAUGAUUCGCGAGAUUUCUAAAGAUAUUCAGGAUAUGAUCAAAGCAUCUGAGAACGUUAAAGAUUUCUCAUCAUCAUUCUUACAGCAAUUUGUUGAUGAUUUGAAUACAAUUAAACCUCGCUCACCAACAUCAGAAUUUAAGUCAAAAAUCGGAAUUUCGAUCGUUUUAUCACAGAAACUACGUGAUAUAUUCAAAUUCAAAGAGUUCAUUCUUCCACUAUUACAAGAAACACAAGAAUUCCUCGUUGAAUACACUCAAGAUGAGUCAAAUAAUUUCGAAACUAAGGAAAACAACGUCGUUGAACGUCGUCUUUCCAUCGAUCCAUCAUUAAACCAAGAAGAAAGCUCAUCAGAAGACUACGAAAGCUUACAAGCAAAGAUACACACCCUUGAAAACGAAAAUGACAAACUUCAACAAGAAAUCGAUAAAUACAACAACUUGGUUGAACAAUACGAAGAAAGUCUCCGCCAAACAAACGAAGAAAUUGACUCCGAACGAUCAGAUUUGAAGCGAAAACUGAAAGAACAAAAAAAGAAGUAUUUAUCUAAUCCUUCAAUUGCAGCAAACUCAUCAAAGAUCGAAGAAUUGGAACUUAAACUGAGCCAACUUGAAAACGAGAUAGAAAAUCGUAAGAAAUACGGUGAUGGAAUGAUGAAUUCAUAUUUCAAUGGCGAAAUCAGAUCUAUCAAGAUCAAAAUCGAGAAUGCAACAAAAGAAUUUGAAUCAGUUAAGCCAAUCAACGAGAAUUUCACUACAAAUGACAAUGUUGAUAUCAAAAUUGUGAAUGGCAGGCUUUUAGACAGAAACAAAGAACUUAGUUCAAGUAUCAAGCAAGAGAAGAAGGCAUUCUCAGAGUUAAGACAGUCAUUAGAACAAAGUUACGAAAUUUCAGAAAAAGAUGACUUCGAAAGCCAAAUUUCUGCUUACAAUCAGAGUGUUUUGAUCGGCAGCCAAUGCGUGAGCAUCGCAUCUCAGAUAACAGAAGAUAACGACAAGAUGAAAAAGAAAAUCAAAAAAGUUCUUUCACAAAAAGCCGAUACAGAAGAUUCUAUAUCAUGGUUGAAGAGUCUAAAGAAUGAUUUCGAUAACCUCCAGUCCAGAAUGAACGAGAUUAACUCAAAGAAGGAAAUUCCAACUAUUGAAAGCUUAAAUCAGCAACUUGAAGACAAAAAUUCAGAACUAAAGAAAGUUUCUGGUGAUAAGAAACCAGUUCUUACAUCAGAAAUCAAGAAAUUGAUACAAGAAACGAAAAAGAUUUCCCAAAACUUUUUGUCUCUUGCAAAUCAACACGCGAAAACAGAGACAAAAUCUAAAUCUUUGAUAACAGAAGAGAUCCAGGAACCUACAGAGCAUAUUAAACAAGCUUAUUCUGAUUUCGAACGAUUAAAUUACGAGAAAUCACUGGCAAAUGAAGAAAUGGUUAAGUUAUUCAAGCUAGUUACAGGAAAUGAUAGCGAUGAUGAUUUUAGCUUUGAACAAAUGGCUUCAACUGUUCUGAAGAAGAUAUCAAAUUAA